CCCUCUUGUUUUUAGCAUAUUCAUAAUGCGCGCAGAAGAAGCUGGAAUUCUCAAGUUGUUGCGUUUUGUUAACGGUUCGAACCGAAUUCGAGGUAUAUUUUGUGGACGAAAGAAAGCAUUUCUGUAAAGGAUAGCAGGUGUGCUCUAGAUGCGAAGAAUGUUUUGGUGUUUUGGGAGCUGCUGUUGCUACGAAAGCGACUCGGACCGCAGCCCGCCGGAAGACGGCGUUCGGCGGCGCAAAAAGUUUCUCCGUCCCAAGGCCAAGAGCCAGACGGACCUGAGCCGGCGCUCCACAGAGGACGAGGAGCCCUCCGACCUACCCCCUUCUCCGCAGCCACCCUCCCCUUACCGGAAGAUUCUAGGCUUUAGAUCCGGCAAGAAGAUCCACACCGUCAUCUCCACGCUUCGGAAAUUCAAACUGAAACACGGGAGAUCCAAGCACUAUGACUCUCCGGAAGGGAAAGCCGCUCUUCACAGCCAGCAGCGCUUGUGUGCCAGCCACCCAAACGUGUCCACCAGUGACCUCGCUUCCGUGGCUCAAGGUGAUGUCCUGCCGUCGGGCGUGAAGAUCUCGGACGGCGUCAGCUACAGCGAUCCCACCAUCCACAGAAACUCCUCGGCUUCAUCCUCCCCCGCCAGAGGCAAAGCCAGAAGCGUCCACCCAGACGACGACGACGACACCAUGAGAGACUCCGGCAUCACCAUCGACGUCCCCUCCCAGCCGGGGAUCGUGGUGAGUUGGCCACAAGAUGAUGAUGAUGAUAUGGACGAAGGCUUGGUGAAGCAAAAGCACGUAGCCCUGCGACAGCACGCUUUUUACUUAUUAGAAGUGCACCUCAGAUUCGGGAAGGAUCUUCAGGCCCGAGAUGCAUGCGGCACCAGCGAUCCGUACGUGAAGUUCAAGAUUAGUGGCAAGCAGCUGUACAAGAGCCGGACGGUGAACCGGACGCUGGAGCCGUACUGGGACGAGUUCUUCACCAUCCCCGUCGAUGACGUCUUCGAACCUCUCCACAUCCGGGUCUACGACUAUGACUUCGCCUUCCAGGAUGACUACAUGGGUGCCGCACAAAUAGACCUCACGCAGCUAGAGCUCAGCAGGCCCACAGACUUAGCUGUAACCCUCACAGAAUCCGGAAAACCGGACGUGACGAGUCCGUCUUGGGGCCAAAUUUUCCUCACCCUCACCCUCAUCCCCAAAACUCAGGAAGAAAAAGAACAGUUCUUCAACAAGGGUUCCUUGCUCCGGCUGGGAUUCAAUACCCCUUCGGCCAGCCCCAUGGUGCGGCGGCAGAAGACGCAGAUGUGGGAUUCGGUGGUGACCAUCGUCCUGGUCGAGGGCAAGAACCUACUGGCCAUGGACGAGAACGGCACCAGUGAUCCGUACGUGAAGUUCAGUCUCGGGAACGAGAGGUACAAGUCCAAGGUGAUGUUCAAGACGUUGGAUCCACAGUGGUUAGAACAGUUCAACCUGCACAUGUACACCGAUCAGCCAAAAAUAUUAGAAAUAUCGGUGUACGAUAAGGAUUUCCACGGAAAAGACGACUUCAUGGGCAGGUGCACCAUCGACCUCAGCGGCUUCGAGGAGGAGCGGACUCACUCAGUGUGGAAGGACCUGGAGGACGGGGCCGGCUCCCUCUUCCUGCUCAUCACCAUCUCCGGCACCAUGGGCACCGAGACUAUCUCCGACCUCGCCUCCUACACCUUCGACACAGCCACGCAGAGGGACCUCAUCUCCAAAUACGGACUUUACAAGACCUUCAAAGAUCCCUACGACAUCGGAUAUUUGAUAGUCAAAGUGUACAAGGCCCAGGGGCUUGCGGCGGCCGAUCUGUGUGGGAAGAGUGAUCCUUUUUGCGUUGUGGAGCUGGUCAAUGCCCGAUUGCAGACGCACACAGAGUACAAAACGCUCACACCAGAAUGGAACAAAAUUUUCACAUUCCAUGUUACGGACAUCCACUCUAUGCUAGAGGUGACCGUCUACGACGAAGACAGGGAUAAAAGGUGCGAGUUUUUGGGAAAAGUUGCAAUUCCUCUUUUGAAGGUGAGGAAUGGGGAAAAGAAGUGGUAUGUCCUGAAGGACAAGAAGCUAAGGACGAGAGCGAAGGGACAGAUAUUAUUGGAAAUUUAUGUAUUUUACAAUCCUAUCAGAGCCAGUCUCAUCACCUUCACACCUAAAGAAACGAAGUACAUGCAACAGGAACAAAGGUUUAAAAGAUCAAUAUUUGUGAAGAAUGUGAAUCGUGUGAAGAUGAUGCUCUUUGGAGUUGUGGAACUUCUGAGAUUUCUCAACAGUUGUUUUUUAUGGGAAUCGACUCUUCGCAGUAUAUCAGCAUUUGUAGUGUUCAUUGUGAUAACGUACACUUUCGAAUUUUACAUGCUCCCCGUCGCCUUGCUGAUUCUCUACGUGAAGAACUAUGUGAUCUACGCUCUCACGGGUAGACAGAUCGUCACUCGGGAUGAAGAUGAGAUAGAAGAAGUCGAUGACGAAGAUGAUGAAGAAGAUAAAGAUGAAAGAGGGGAAGAAAAGAAGACUCUGAAAGAGAAACUCCAGGCAGUUCAAGACGCCACUGCCAUGAUCCAAAACAUCCUGGGAGAAUUCGCCUCCUUCGGAGAGCGAUGCAAAAAUACUUUCAACUACACUGUACCCUUUCUCUCGUGGUUGGCUUUCUUGGUCCUCGUGCUGGCCACAGUUGUCCUGUACUUUGUCCCUGUUCGUUACCUCAUCAUGGCCUGGGGUAUAAAUAAGUUCACGAAGAAAUUGAGGAAUCCCCACGCAGUGCCUAAUAACGAACUCCUCGAUUUCAUUUCCAGAGUACCGGAUGACGAAGAAAAAGUGGCGUUCCGAGAGUUGAAGCCGAUGUUCGUCGACCUCACAGACAGCGACAAGAAGAAGAAGAAGAAGCGCAACUGAAGAAUCGAAUCUGCCAAAGUUGAGUUUUGCAUAUGCCAACUGUGAUUUUUCUCGAAUCAAAUUGUUUCUGCCGGCGUCACUUCAUGGCCACCUAUCAAAGUCGUUGUUAGCUCUUUCAUUUGUUGCUCAUUGGUGUACCAUAUCGGAUAUUUUAACUACGGUAACUCUAGUCACACGAACUUGUUAAACGAACUAGUCAAUCGUUGUAGCCUUACAAAUUGACUAGCGAACACUAUUUUUGUACGCUCUAUCAUUCCAGUUGUUACUGUGGAAAUCUUUUAGUGCUGUUUUAAAACUAACUCGUGCGUGGUGGAACUUUGGAUUGGGGGAGCUGUCCAGGGAAGUUUUAAAGCCGUUUCUAAUUUUCAUUUACUUUUUGUUUCUGCUUAUUAUAUUUUAUGUCAUUAAACUGUUAUCGCAAUCAUUUUUCACUUUAGUGGACAAGAUUUUUAUUUUUUAGUAAAAAAUUUUCUUUGUUCCACUUGAUAAAGCCUUAAUUUCCCACUUCAUCCAAUGAUAUCUAACGCUGGUCCAAGAUAUCCGUUAGAUGUUUGGUGCACACCUGUUGGAUGCAGCUGGGGGUGCGAAUGAACUUUCUUUCCGUCAUCUAUAUCUCUGUGUGAAAUGUGUACAUAAUUGUUGAGCUUUCAUUUACAUGUAAAUUUUUUGUCCGAGCUCACUAAAGAGCUCUAAUGCUGAGUAACAUCCAGUGGAUGUCUGAAGGAGCUCCAACGGGUGAAUGUCUGAAUCUGAUACAUUAGACAUAAAUGUAAAUAAUUGUUGAACUUUUGUUUAAAUUUUUCUCUUUUCUACUUGAAAGCUUUUUGCAUGACAGACAAAAGGCUGUCCUAUGAAUUAUGAGUAUGCUAUUAGAUGUCUAUUGGUUGAAAUAACUGAAAUGUUUCAGUAGAAAUUUCCUAUGUUUAUGUUUUUCCUUCUGAUACAAAACCUGUUCUUUGCUCCCUGUAGUCUGUUGACGACAGAAAAUGUCUUACUCUGACCAUUAAAUGUAAACAUUUGAAUUCAAACAUUAGUACAUGAAUUAGUACUAUAUGUCUUAUGAAAUAUUAAAUUUAAUGAAGUCGAAUGGCUAUUUCAAUAAGGUAUAAUAUGGUGCCCAACUGACAGCAUUUAAAAACCUACACAAGUGAAAUAUUUUAAUGAUUGUUUCAAAAAUCAAUUUUGAUUAUUUCAGUAAUAAUUAUGUUAUGUUUAUGAUGUUACACCUUUAAAAAUAAAAUGAAAUUUAUUUUAAUCAUUUUUUAAAUCUUGUUCUUCUAUCAAAGAUUUAGAAGAUCUAUUUAAGCAUUUGUCGUCGAAUUAAUAGUGGCAUUGAAAUGCGAUUAUGAAUCUGGCAUUGAAAAUGCGACACUAUUCAGCAACUCAUUGUUGUAUCUACACCACUUUUACCUUCUUUUCCCCAAGGUAAAAAUGAAUACUUUAAACUCCCUAAUUUAAAAGCUGAUUAAUAAAAUUAUUUGCUUAUCACGUUUGUCUUCAAGAAUAUAAUUUAGUUUAAAAGUAUUUUAAUUAAAUAUUUAAUGCACUUUAAAUUGAUUUAAAAAAACUAAGUUCAAGCUUAAUUUUAAAAUUAUUUUUUAGGUACUACUUACAUUUACUUAUAUAGGUUUAAGCAAUCUUAGAUGAAUUUUUUUUAAAUGAUGCUGUAUAGUGUGAAUGGUUUUUUAAAUAUAAUUUUGUCACUUAAUGAUGAAUCUAAAAACUCUAUAAAUUAAAAGAUUAAAAGAAAAAAAUGUAUUUUUCAGUUUUUAUUUAAAGACUUUGUAACUGCUUUCAUAAAAACCAUUUCCUGACUAGGUAUCUGAGAAAACAAAUCUUAUCAUUAAAUUUCCAUUGACCCAUAAGGUUUUUAUCUAUUUAAAAAAACUGCUGCAUGGGAUGACAGUUCACCAUUAGACUUCUAAUAAGCAUCCAAUACGUUGAGUGAUCUAAUAUAUUUUCCAUGUUCCCUAUUGCGGAUCAGCGAAAACUGCUCCGGAACGCUUGCUGCGCCUUUUCCGUGUUGUUCUUCAGGUUUUUUCAGCAAUAACAUCUCCGAUUUCCAGUUUAAUCUCAAAGUUACAGAAGAUUAGGGUGCUCUAGUGUUUGAAGCCUUACUACGAACUGUUCUCUCCUCCCGUACUUUGAAUCAAUCUCACACGCUAUUUAUCAUGUUUUUAUUUAAAUUCUCAUUGUGGAUGAACAAUGUUUUUGUCCCUGUUUCAUUGUCCUUUUUAAAUAUUUCUAUCGAUUUUUAAAUAUAUUUUCCUUUUAUAAAUG